GAUAGUACCUGCUAUGGUAGAGUUUGCCUCAUAGCAUCCAAAGCCUGGUGCGGUUAUCCCCUUUCUCCGUCUUCGUGACCCGAGGGAGUUUUGGUGGCGCCCCAAGCACAGGCGGCCUGAGGCAGUGCCGAGAUCUGGUUUUGUUGUUUGUUUGAUGCAUCACAGAGGUUUACUGGCUCAAGACGGUAUUGAAAAUGCAUAUUAAAUCAAUCAUUCUCGAGGGAUUUAAAUCCUAUGCUCAGAGGACUGAAGUUAAUGGUUUUGACCCCCUCUUCAAUGCUAUCACUGGUUUAAAUGGUAGUGGUAAGUCCAACAUAUUGGACUCCAUCUGCUUUUUGCUGGGAAUCUCCAACCUGUCUCAGGUUCGGGCUUCUAAUUUACAAGAUUUAGUUUACAAAAAUGGGCAGGCUGGAAUUACCAAAGCCUCAGUGUCGAUCACCUUUGAUAAUUCUGACAAAAAACAAAGUCCUUUAGGAUUUGAAGUUCAUGAUGAAAUCACAGUAACAAGGCAGGUGGUUAUUGGUGGCAGAAAUAAAUAUUUAAUCAAUGGAGUGAAUGCAAACAACACCAGAGUACAGGAUCUCUUCUGUUCUGUUGGUUUGAAUGUUAAUAACCCUCACUUUCUCAUCAUGCAGGGUCGAAUUACAAAAGUAUUGAAUAUGAAGCCUCCUGAGAUUUUAUCUAUGAUUGAAGAAGCAGCUGGAACAAGAAUGUAUGAAUACAAAAAAAUAGCUGCCCAGAAAACUAUAGAAAAAAAGGAGGCUAAGCUGAAAGAAAUUAAGACGAUACUCGAAGAAGAGAUUACUCCAACCAUUCAAAAAUUAAAAGAGGAAAGAUCUUCCUAUUUGGAAUAUCAAAAAGUAAUAAGAGAAAUAGAACAUUUGAGUCGUUUAUACAUUGCUUAUCAGUUUUUACUGGCUGAAGAUACUAAAGAGCGCUCAGCUGAGGAGUUAAAAGAAAUGCAGGAUAAAGUUGUAAAACUUCAAGAAGCAUUGUCUGAAAAUGAUAAAAAAAUAAAUGCACUAAAUCAUGAAAUAGAAGAAUUGGAGAAAAGAAAAGAUAAGGAAGUUGGAGGUGUACUCCGAUCUUUAGAAGAUGCUCUUGCAGAGGCUCARCGGGUUAAUACUAAAUCUCAAAGUGCAUUUGACCUCAAGAAGAAAAAUCUGGCAAGUGAAGAAAACAAACACAAGGAGCUAGAAAAAAAUAUGAUUGAGGACUCUAAAACUUUAGCAGCAAAGGAAAAAGAAGUUAAGAAGAUAACAGAUGGGCUGCAUGACCUUCAAGAAGCAAGUAAAAAAGAUGCUGAAGCUUUGGCUGCUGCACAGCAACACUUCAAUGCUGUGUCUGCUGGCUUGUCCAGUAAUGAAGAUGGAGCAGAAGCAACUCUUGCUGGUCAAAUGAUGGCCUGUAAAAAUGAUAUAAGUAAAGCUCAGACAGAGGCCAAACAGGCCCAAAUGAAGUUGAAACAUGCCCAACAAGAAUUAAAGAAUAAACAAGCAGAAGUUAAGAAGAUGGAUAGUGGCUACAGGAAGGACCAAGAAGCUUUAGAAGCUGUAAAAAGACUUAAAGAAAAACUUGAAACUGAAAUGAAGAAGCUAAAUUAUGAAGAAAAUAAGGAGGAAAGGCUUUUGGAAAAGCGCAGGCAACUGUCUCGUGAUAUCAGUAGAUUGAAAGAAACAUAUGACGCUCUCUUGGCCAGAUUUCCCAAUCUUCGAUUUGCAUACAAGGAUCCAGAGAAGAACUGGAACAGAAAUUGUGUGAAAGGACUUGUAGCUUCUCUGAUUAGUGUUAAAGAUAGUUCUGCAACCACAGCUUUAGAACUGGUAGCUGGAGAACGACUCUACAAUGUUGUAGUGGAUACAGAGGUUACUGGUAAAAAGCUACUAGAAAAGGGAGAAUUGAAGCGAUGUUACACUAUAAUUCCACUCAAUAAAAUUACGGCCAGAUGUAUUGCUCCAGAAACUCUGAGGGUUGCUCAGAAUCUUGUUGGUCCUGAUAAUGUUCAUGUGGCUCUUUCCCUGGUUGACUACAAACCAGAACUUCAGAAAGCAAUGGAAUUUGUCUUUGGAACAACAUUAGUUUGUGACAGUAUGGAUAACGCCAAAAAAGUGGCCUUUGAUAAAAGGAUAAUGACUAGAACUGUAACUCUAGGAGGUGAUGUAUUUGAUCCUCAUGGAACAUUGAGUGGAGGUGCUCGAUCCCAGGCAGCUUCUAUUUUAACCAAGUUUCAAGAACUCAAAGAUGUUCAAGAUGAGCUGAGAAUUAAGGAGAGCGAGCUACAGGCUCUAGAGGAAGAAUUGGCGGGUCUUAAAAACACUGCUGAAAAGUAUCGCCAACUAAAACAACAGUGGGAGAUGAAAACAGAAGAGGCAGAUUUGUUACAAACCAAGCUUCAGCAAAGCUCAUAUCACAAACAACAAGAAGAAUUAGAUGCCCUUAAAAGAACAAUUGAGGAAAGUGAGGAGACCUUAAAAAACACCAAAGAAAUUCAAAAAAAAGCAGAAGAAAAAUAUGAAGUGUUGGAGAAUAAAAUGAAAAAUGCAGAAGCUGAAAGAGAGAGAGAACUAAAAGAUGCUCAGAAAAAACUGAAUUGUGCAAAAACAAAGGCAGAUGCAUCUAGUAAGAAAAUGAAAGAAAAACAACAGGAAGUUGAAGCUAUCACUUUGGAGCUAGAAGAGCUCAAGAGAGAGCAUGCAUCCUGUAAACAACAGCUUGAAGCUGUAAAUGAAGCUAUCAAAUCCUAUGAAGGUCAAAUUGAAUUAAUGGCAGCUGAGGUAUCUAAAAAUAAGGAGUCAGUAAAUAAAGCUCAAGAAGAGUUGACCAAGCAAAAAGAGGUGAUAACAGCUCAAGACCAAGUAAUUAAGCUAAAUAUGCAGAGGUGGCAAAACAUAAGGAGCAAAACAAUGAUUCACCUUAAAAUUAAGGAAUUAGACCAUAAUAUCAGCAAACAUAAAAGGGAAGCAGAAGAUGCUGCGGCAAAGGUAUCCAAAAUGUUGAAAGAUUAUGACUGGAUUAAUGCAGAGAAACACCUCUUUGGCCAACCUAAUAGUGCCUAUGAUUUCAAAACUAAUAACCCCAAAGAAGCUGGUCAGAGACUUCAGAAGUUGCAAGAAAUGAAGGAAAAACUAGGAAGAAAUGUCAAUAUGAGAGCUAUGAAUGUACUGACAGAAGCUGAAGAGCGAUAUAAUGACUUGAUGAAGAAGAAGAGAAUUGUAGAAAAUGACAAAUCCAAAAUCCUUGCAACUAUAGAAGACCUUGACCAAAAGAAAAACCAAGCUCUAAAUAUUGCCUGGCAAAAGGUAAACAAAGACUUUGGGUCUAUUUUUUCUACUCUUUUGCCUGGUGCAAAUGCUAUGCUUGCACCACCAGAGGGACAAACUGUUUUGGAUGGUCUCGAGUUCAAGGUUGCUUUAGGAAAUACCUGGAAAGAAAACCUAACUGAGCUUAGUGGUGGUCAGAGGUCUUUAGUCGCUUUAUCAUUAAUAUUGUCUAUGCUCCUCUUCAAACCYGCUCCAAUUUAUAUCUUGGAUGAGGUAGAUGCAGCCUUGGAUCUUUCUCAUACCCAGAAUAUUGGACAGAUGCUCCGUACUCAUUUCACGCAUUCUCAGUUCAUUGUAGUGUCCCUAAAAGAAGGUAUGUUCAACAAUGCAAAUGUUCUUUUCAAAACCAAGUUUGUGGAUGGUGUUUCUACAGUAGCCAGAUUUACUCAAAGUCAAAAUGGAAGGAUUCCCAAGGAAACAAAAUCCAAAGCAAAAGGACCCAAAUGAGCAUAUGAUGGAAGUUUAAAAUGCAAACCUGCACCUUGA